CUAUGCUAAACUUUAAAUUUUGAAGUACUUUUUUCUCUUGAUUGAAGGUGGUCAAAUAUGUUUCUUGUUUUCUUUAUUGUUUCCUUUUUACAGCACAUGGAUUAACUGAUGUACACUGAGUUUAUGGAGCCAUCUUUUCGUGACCUGCUCUUUCUAAGUUUUCUAAGAAGAAAAAGCUCCUGAGCCCAAAAAGAUGCCUCGAACAAAACAGAUCCAUCCUAGAAAUCUACGAGACAAAAUUGAAGAAGCACAAAAAGAACUUAAUGGUGCAGAAGCUUCUAAAAAAGAAAUUCUAGAGGCUGGUGUUAAAGGAGCUUCAGAAUCCCUUAAAGGUGUGAAACGGAAAAAGCUUGUCACUGAGAAUCACCUGAAGAAAAUACCAAAAUCCCCCCUAAGAAAUCCUCUUCAGGCCAAACAUAAACAGAACACAGAGGACUCUUCUUUCACUGUUCCUCAGAGUGCUUCAGAGUCUCACAGGAGGCAUGGCUAUAUUCCUGCAAAAACUGGGAAGCAAUUUGCCAAACAGAAUGGAGAGACACCUGGGAUAGCUGCCGAGGCCUCAAAAUCGGAAGACUCUAUCUCCCCCAAAAAGCCCUUGUUCCUGCAGCACCCUUCAGAGCUGCGGAGAUGGAGGUCAGAAGGCUCCGACCCCGCUGGGCUCAGUGUCCUUCAUGACAACCAGGACUCGCCUGGCAAACCCAGGACUGACAACAGUGAAUGUAUCCCUCCUCAUGGAAGUACCGCGCCCCCCUCCCCCCCCUUGUAUACAAAUACCGCCUUUGAUGUCUUACUGAAAGCAAUGGAGCCAGAACUGAGUACCUUGUCACAAAAGGGCUCAUCUUGUGCAAUUAAGACAGAAAAACUGAGACCAAAUAAAACUGUACGAUCCCCUCCUAAGUUAAAAAACACGUCUGUGGAUGCCCCAACUCAGCCUACGGAAGACUCGGUGGCAGAAUCACAGAGAUCACCUUGUACCUCAUCCACUGUACAUGGGGCUGCUGCCCGGAAGAAUGAGCAAGCAUCGGUUCAGCCCGUCUCUCACUCAUAUAACCCAUACGGACACUUGGUUUCCAAACCUAACCAACACAGUCAGCAGCUUCCAUGUCAAGCAGGCUUCACAGCAUCGCUGGCAAAUCUGCAAACUCAAGACAUCACCAGACUUGAACAGGUUUAUGAUACAGCAGUCACAUCCACCACAGGUCUCACUUCACCUUCCAACAGAACUCAGGUUACUCUUCCAAACCAGCAAGUGGAUUCUGCUUUACCUUUGUCCAUAAGUCCAGCCAAUCCCACCCAGUCUCCCCCCAUGCCAAUAAAUAAUUCAACUCACGUUGCCUCUGUAGUCAAUCAAAGCGUAGAACAAAUGUGCAAUCUUCUUCUGAGAGAUCAGAAGCCAAAAAAACAAGGAAAAUAUAUCUGUGAGUAUUGCAAUAGAGCUUGUGCAAAGCCUAGUGUGCUUUUAAAGCACAUCCGCUCCCACACUGGAGAGCGGCCCUACCCUUGUGUCACUUGUGGAUUCUCAUUUAAGACUAAAAGUAAUCUGUACAAGCACAAAAAAUCCCACGCACAUACUAUCAAACUGGGUCUUGUGUUACAACCAGAUGCUGGUGGUUUGUUCUUAUCCCAAGAAUCUCCCAAAGCACUUAGCGUGCACUCAGACGUAGAAGACAGUGGGGAGAGUGAUGAGGAGGGCCCUGCCGAUGGGAGACUGAAUGACCCUGGCACCAUGGAGCUACAGCCUGGGCAAAUAAUGAAGAAGACAUCAAAUUCUGAAGCUCUCCCCAAACCGGGUUCCAUUUCAGGCAAUCCAGAUCAUGUGGCAGGUGACUUUUUGCCACAGGACAGACCUUCAGAAUCACAAGGCCUGACAGAGUUACCAAAAGUUGUGGUGCAUCCUGUCAGCAUGUCCCCAUUAAGAACUGACAGUCCCAAGGUGAUCAAUCCCAAGUCUGAACUUCCUAAUGCUCAAAGACAGAAGGACCUGGUCCAGGUCACAAGUGUAUUGACACACCCAGCCAGUGUGUCCUCCCUAGAGACUGAGGAGAAGUCUCAUCAGAAAGGUGACCCGAGUCUACCAGAAGGGAAACAAGAUUGCCAUGGAGGGACUGUCCAUGCCCAGCUACAAAGGCAGCAGGCAACUGAUUACUCCCAAGAGCAGCAAGGAAAACUCCUAAGUCCUCGGAGUUUAGGAAGUACAGAUUCUGGCUACUUUUCACGAUCAGAAAGUGCUGAUCAAGCAGUGAGUCCACCAACUCCUUUUGCCAGAACUUUCUUACCCACAGAACCAGACUCAACUAAGAAUAACGGACCCCCUGCCCCUCGAAUCAGUGCACCAGCACCCCCUGCCUUGCCAUUGGGGGAGAAGCCAUUGCUCUUAGCAGGCCAGAUGCCCCCACCCUUGGCGACAAAAACCCUGGAGGAGAGGAUCUCAAAGCUUAUCUCUGACAAUGAAGCCUUGGUAGAUGAUAAACAACUGGACAGUGUAAAGCCACGGAGAACCUCUCUGUCCAGACGAGGAAGCAUCGAUUCCCCCAAAUCAUACAUAUUUAAAGAUUCGUUCCAGUUUGACCUGAAACCAAUGGGGCGGAGGACAAGUUCAAGCUCUGAUAUACCAAAGUCCCCAUUCACCCCCACUGAGAAGUCCAAACAAGUGUUCCUCCUGUCGGUCCCUUCCCUCGACUGCCUGCCUAUCACAAGAAGUAACUCCAUGCCUACCACAGGAUAUUCAGCAGUCCCUGCAAAUAUAAUUCCUCCCCCUCACCCGCUAAGAGGAAGCCAGUCAUUUGAUGACAAAAUUGGCACUUUGUAUGAUGAUGUCUUCGUAUCAGGACCCAACACAUCAGUGCCCCCAAGUGGUCAUCCCCGGCCGCUGGUCAGGCAGGCAGCAGUGGAAGACUCUUCAGCCAAUGAGAAUCAUGUUGUUGGCCCUGGACAGUCCUUGGAUGAGGGCUGUCAAGGCUGCCCCACCGCCAGCGAGCCCGCAGCAGCCCGGAGCAAGGCUGUGGCCCCCGGCUCUCAGCUGGAAAAAAAGAAAUCCCAUCAGGGGCGAGGGACCAUGUUUGAGUGUGAAACCUGUAGAAACAGGUACAGGAAACUGGAGAAUUUCGAAAACCAUAAGAAAUUUUACUGUUCAGAAUUACAUGGGCCCAAAACCAAGGUAACCGCGAGAGAGCCCGAGCAGAGCCCUGUGCCUGGCGGGCCACAGCCCCAGGUUCUGCACUACAGAGUUGCUGGCUCGACGGGCGUGUGGGAGCAGACACCCCAGAUAAGGAAAAGGAGGAAAAUGAAAAGCGCUGGGGAUGAUGAGGAGCUUCAGCCCAAUGAGAGCGGACCGUCUCCAAAGAGCUCUGAAGCCCUCCAGCCUCAGAAUGCCCUGGGUCUCACCCCAGGCCUGUCAAAACACGGGCCUGCCAUGACCGGAGAGCAACUCAGGAGCACACAGCUGAACACCUCCCAGGUUCAGCUCACCACCCAGGCCCUUGAGCAGGCUCUAGACCCAAAGCUGUCCACCAUCAUGGAGCAGCCAAUGACGUCAGCUGCCGUGGACAAGGUGGAGGUGAAGAGACAAGGGACCGGCAUCUCCGUCAUCCAGCACACCAACUCCCUGAGCAGACCCAACUCCUUUGACAAGCUGGAACCAUUGGAAACUGGCUCCAUGGUUCCUUUCCAAGAGCUGAGUAGAGCUGGGAAACCUGGCUCUCUGAAAGUGAGGGGGAUCCCCCCAGAGGAAGCUCAUCCUUCUCGAGACACGUCACAUCCUCACCAGCCUGCUUCAUCAGACACACUCAGGGGAGAGCUGCAGGAAAGCUCCAGAAAGACUGCAAGUGAGCGACACGUGUUGGGACAGCCCUCGAGACUUGUCCGGCAACAUAAUAUCCAAGUUCCAGAAAUUCUGGUCACCGAGGAGCCAGAUCGGGACCUGGACACUCAGUGUCAUGAUGAAGAAAAAUCUGAGAAGUUCAGUUGGCCUCAGCGCAGUGAAACUUUGUCCAAGUUGCCAACAGAGAAACUGCCACCCAAGAAGAAGAGGCUCCGUCUGGCCGAGAUAGAGCAUUCCUCCACCGAGUCAAGUUUCGACUCUACUCUCUCCCGGAGUCUAAGCAGGGAGAGCAGCUUAUCACACGCUUCAAGUUUCUCAGCCUCCUUAGACUUAGAAGACGUUUCUAAAACGGAGGCCACCCCCAAAAUCGAUUUUCCAAAUAAAGCAGAGUUUCUUUUGAUUCCACCUGGCUCAAAUACACUGAAUGUCCCUGGAAGUCACCGGGAGAUGAGGCGGGCUGCAUCAGAACAGAUCAAUUAUAUGCCGACGCUGAUGGAGGUCUCUGAUUUCAGAAGUAAGUCAUUCGACUGUGGGAGUGUGACCCUAGCCCCUUCAACACUGCUUGUGGAGUCCCAGCCUUCCACUUCCCCUUCUGUGGCUGGGGUCCCUGGACAUGUGCCUCUCUUAGAAAGAAGGCGGGGCCCGCUGAUCCGGCAGAUAUCUUUAAACAUUGCACCAGAGGGUCAGCUUUCUCCUGUCAACCUACCAUCCUUCCAAAACCUUGCCCUUCCCAAUGUGACUGGGGUGCCCUGUCAAGGUCUGCCCCUCCCUAACACUUCUUCGGCUGAGUUCCCCACUAAUACUCUGCACUCCCAGAUUCAGGCUGAGGAUCUGCCGGCACACACAUUGAAUUCUAACUCGACUGCCAUCUUUCCAGUUCAGCAGCUUUUUAGUAUCAAUGUGCUAAAUCAGACCCAUGUACCCCUUAGCCAGCAACACACACAGUUACCUCCACCAGUGUUUGCAAAAGAGGACAAAACGGACGUGUAUCCCACCAUACACGUGUCUUCUACCAGCAAGGACUGCUUUGCUCCCAAGUACCAACUUCAGUGUCAGGCUUUCACUUCAGGCCAGGCUUCUUGUUCUAAUCCUACACAUCCUUUGCCUAGUCAAGUUCUUCCAGAUGCAGAUGGAGCAGAUCAGGGCACAACUUCAGUUGCAUUACCAGCCAAGCUGGUAGAUCCCAUGUCUAAGGGAAGCUCGUUGCUAUCCCUGGAGCUUGGGCCGCUGGGCAAUCAGGUGCAGAAGGCACCAUCAUCCUUCAUGCUGCCUGUACAUCUGCAGAGUCACAUCCCUACAUACUGCUUUGCCACCCUUACAUCUCUGCCACAAAUCCUGGUGACGCAAGAUCUGUCCAACACAUCCGUUUGCCAGACGAACCAAAGUAUCGUGCCAAUCAGUGAAGAACUGAAUUCCAUGCCAAAAUCACAAAAGGAUCACCAAAACGCUUUGCCAAACCCAGAGAAAGACCUUGUUUGCAAAAAUGUUUUCUCAGAAAUUGGCCAACAGUCUUCUCUCUCAGAAUCCUUGCCUCUAACUCAGAAAAUGUCUGUUGGUAGACUUUCUCCCCAACCAGAAUCUUCAGCCUCAAGCAAAAGGAUGCUUUCUCCAGCAAACAGUUUAGACAUUGCUAUGGAAAAGCACCAGAAGCGGGCUAAAGAUGAAAAUGGAGCUGUUUGUGCCACAGAUGUUAUUUCCCCAGAGCCACUGAGUUCAAGAGUAAGUGAGGGCAAUAAACCGAAGAAACCAGUGUUGGUGCGACAGCUUUGCACUACAGAGCCCUUUGAAGGAAUGAUAUCAGAACAGGAUGGGUUCUCUCAGUCUGAAACUAGUACCGAAUCUGCUAAUUUGGCAGAGGUUUUUCCAGCUGAUAAAUUGUCAUCAGGACAUGCCAAGAUUGUAAUCAGAGAAUCCACCAAUGAAUUGCAAGAAUUUGAAAACAUCAAAUCAUCCACAUCAUUAAGUCUUCCAGAUCAGAAUCCUGUCCCUCCAGAAAACACCCACCACGUUUCUCCUUUGAAAUCUGUCGAUAGUAAUCAAGAAAGGGCACCUUCAGGGGUUAUAAAUCAAGGGGACAAGGUGAGCAUUUUAGGGCAAAAUAAACUACCUGUCACCACUCUUCCAUUGCCCAGCACAGGGGACACCCAGCAGCUGCCUCUCCCUAGCCUGAAGACUGCCACCAGCUUCACAUGGUGUUAUCUGCUAAGACAGAAGGCACUGCCUUUGCCCCAGAAGGACCAGAAAACUUCAGCCUAUACUGACUGGACAGUAAGCUCCAAUAACCCAAACCCACUUGGUUUGCCCACAAAAGUUGCUCUUUCUCUCCUUCAUUCGAAACAGAAGACUGGCAAAUCACUAUAUUGUCAGGCAAUAACCACCCAUCCCAAAUCAGAUUUAUUGGUCUAUUCAAGCAAGUGGAAAAGCAACUUAAAUAAGAGAGCAUUAGGUAAUCAAAAGUCCACAAUAGUUGAAUUCAGCAAUAAAGAUGCCUCUGAAAUUAACAAUGAGCAAGAUAAAGAAAAUUCCUUAAUCAAAAGUGAACCAAGAAGAAUUAAAAUAUUUGAUGGAGGUUAUAAAUCAAAUGAAGAAUAUGUGUAUGUUCGAGGCAGGGGAAGAGGAAAGUACAUUUGUGAAGAAUGUGGAAUACGUUGUAAGAAGCCUAGCAUGUUAAAAAAACAUAUCCGAACUCACACAGAUGUUCGCCCCUACCACUGCACUUACUGUAACUUCUCCUUUAAGACAAAAGGAAAUCUGACAAAACACAUGAAGUCCAAGGCACAUAGCAAGAAAUGUGUGGAUUUAGGUGUCUCGGUGGCUUUAAUAGAUGAACAGGACACAGAAGAAUCAGAUGAGAAACAGAAAUUCGGUUAUGAACGCUCUGGAUGUGAUCUUGAAGACUCUGAUGGCCCGGAUGAGGAUGAUAAUGAUAAUGAAGAGGAUGACGAAGACAGCCAGGCAGAAUCUGUCCUGUCUGCCACACCCUCGGUCACGGCCAGCCCACAGCAUCUUCCAUCGAGGAGUGGCCUUCAGGAUGCCGGGAGUGUGGACGAGGACCUCAGGAUUAGCGAAUGCUUCUCUGGGUCUCACACAGACCCGAUGGAUGUUCUGCCUAGAGCAUUGCUCACCAAGAUGACCGUGCUGAGCACAGUGCAGUCAGAGCAUAGCAGGAAGACAAACGCACCGGCAACAGCCAGGCAGCAGGCUGCCAAAGAUGAGGAGGAGAUGGCUCCUUCCAGAGAUGAUUCCAGGUCACCCAGAAGCCCCUGUUAUCAGAUGUUUGUGGACUACCCCGAGUCUGAAGUUGUGAGCGGCUCUGUGGCAGGAAAGGCUGUCACUCCAACACAGGACAUGCCAUUGGUAAGACUUUCUCCUGCCACAGUGGAGCUCAGCCCGCAGCCCGCAGCCAGCAUUGCAAUCUCUCCUGCCUUACCUCAUCCUGACACUCAAGACCAGAAGCAGCAGACCACCCCUCACCCACCUCCAGGCCUGCCUUCUCCCCAGACACACUUGUUCAGCCACCUCCCCCUGCAUUCCCAGCAGCAAUCAAGGACUCCGUACAACAUGGUUCCAGUGGGGGGGAUCCACGUGGUGCCCGCUGGCCUCACCUACUCCACCUUUGUACCCAUUCAGGCCGGGCCCGUGCAGCUCACCAUCCCUGCCGUCAGCGUCAUUCACAGGACCACAGGCACUCCUGGGGACACCAUCACGGAAGUGGCCGGUACGACAAAUCCUCCUGGAGUACCUGAAUUGAGCAGUGUUGUGCCAUGUUUUCCCAUUGGCCAAAUCCGUGUGCCGGGCCUUCAGAACCUAGCAACCUCCAGCCUGCAGUCCCUCACCUCACUAAGCAUGGAAACCGUCAAUAUUGUAGGUCUCGCCAACACCAACAUCACCCCACAGGUCCACUCCCCAGGACUUGCUCUCAACGCCGUGGGACUGCAGGUGUUGACUGCGAACCCUCCUUCCCAAAGCAGUCCUGCCCCUCCAGCGCACAUUCCUGGGCUCCAGAUCCUGAACAUAGCCUUGCCAACCCUGAUUCCCUCAGUCGGCCAGGUAACCGUGGAAGCCUCCGGAGCUUCUGAAGUUCCAGCUGCCCACAGCAAAGCAGCCGAGAUGCAGCCCAAGCAGACGCCUGCAGCCAGUUUAAGCCAGGUCAGCAGGACUGAGUCUCCUCGGGGGUCAGCUAAAGUCCUGCAGGAAAAUGCAAAGAAAGUCCUGGGUCCAUCGGCCCCUGCAGGUGACCAAGCAAGGCUCGAUGGCGCAAGUAAAGCGGACUCUGAGAGGGCCAUCCUGGGGAACCACACCAAGCCCACGCCCGAGCUCACGUCCUUGCCUGUGCCAGGGGCACUGCAGAAGGCUCAAGCCCUGGGAAAGCCGUCGGGGCUGCGCACUCUCUCUCCAGACAGGCAGGUUCACAGGCCUCCAGCCCCACCCAGCAGGCCGCCCGCGGUGCACUUCAGCGACGUGAGCAGCGAUGAAGACGAGGACAGGCUCGUGAUCGCAACCUAGUGGUUUAUUUUUUAUCUUUUAUCAUUUUUUU